AUGGGGAUGCACAACUCAGUCAUUAUCUGGUUUGUUUUAGGAUGUUUCUUAUGGUUUCCCAAAGUAAGAAGUGAAGAAGGGUGUCUCAAUGCUGAAUUCUGUUCAGGUACAGAGUGGAUCCGUCUGUGGUAUAUUUGGCUGGUGGUUGUGAUCGGUGGAUUGCUGCUGCUGUGCGGCUUGAUUUCUGUCUGCAUGAGAUGCUGUUUCACUCACUGCCGUCAGACUGGGGAGGAAUCAGGUCCUCAACCCUAUGAGGUCACUGUCAUUGCUUUUGAUCACGACAGCACUCUCCAGAGCACCAUUACCUCUCUCCAUUCGGUAUUUGGGCCAGCCGCCAGGAGGAUACUAGCAGUGGCACACUCCCACAACGCUGUGCAGGGCACACCACCCCUCACAGCAUCAGACACUCCUCCAGUCUACGAUGAAGCUCUACACAUGAGCAGGUUCACCGUUGCCAGGGCUGGGCAGAAAAUGCUAGACCUGGAUCCAGCGACUAAAGAAAAACUGCAGACAUCUGCUGAGGACAAGGACAUCCAGCCAGUCUUUGCAGGACACUAGUGCUUACGUUUACUGAAUGGCAGUAAAACACAGA